CCAUAAAACCACAGCAAGACAAUGGUUUUUGUUAGGGAGUUCCUGACAGAUAGAUGACAGGAAUACAUUAAUUCACAAUCUCUCGUUCCUCACAAGAUAAUUGACCAUGGUGAAAGAGACAGCCGCCGUUCUUAUAUUAGGACUACUCUGUGUAAAAUAUGGAUUGGCCCAAUCUCCACAUGUCUGCGCUCAUGCCGACAUGUGUACAACUGACUCUCAGUGUGGCAAGGGGCGUACAUGUUUAGACUAUGGGGAUCACAAAUGCUGCUCAGAUUCGAAUCAAUCAAGCGGAACCAAGUCAGAACCACCUACCGGAACACCGUCCCCUCACGUCUGUGAUCCAGCUGAUGUAUGUACCAAAACAACCAAUUGUGGUAGCGGCCGAACGUGUGUGGACUACGGAGACCAUUCCUGCUGUACAGCAACAAAACCAAGCCAUUCUAAAGUCCACGUGUGUCCACACAAAGACAUGUGUAGCACUAACGGGGAUUGUAGAGGUCAUGGCCGAUGGUGUAAACGCUACAGUGAUCAUGGCUGUUGCACCGGGGGACACGGUGGCCAUUAAAACCAUUUACUUGUAAAAGUUUAUCAAAAGAAAAUUAUGCAAGGAAUACACAAUGAACAACACUCUUGAAAAUAUAAUCAUAUAUAAAUGGUCAAUUUAUUUUACCAGUUAAAAUCCUAUGCUACAUGUUCAUGUAUCUUACAUGUCAACUGUUUCUGAUAGCAUAUCAGUGAUAAUGUUUUAUUAAUUUCGCCAUUUGUUUGUAUAAUGUAUGUAUGUUUCGAACAUUUUGUAUCGGUAAUAUAUAGAAUUAUUGCAUUCGAAAAAAGUAAAAGUAAACUUGGUCACUUUGUUUCCCACUGGCUUAGAACCUUUAUUUAGAUUUGAUUUGUUCAUAGAUUCUAAUGUCAUUAUUCCUGCAGCAGAUAUAUUUUUUAAAGUA